UAUAAAUCAGUGUAUCUCAAGUGAAUCUACUAAUUCAAUUUUAUACUAGUUUAAUACUUGUAAGUUAACUGUGAGAUGAGGAAGUGAAGAAAGAAACUAUAAUACUCUGUAUUGUAUACUCAAUUGUUCUUCAUUCCCAGUCCACAACAGUUGUAAUUCUUGUGUCAGAAGGAUGUAUUUCAACAAUGAAUGGUCUGAUCUAAAAUUUUAUCUCCUUAGCGAGCUGCAAGAUUUAAAGUACUCGGAUGUUGCAAGGGAUCGGAUAAAUUUCUUUCUAUGGGAGUUAAAAUUCCUUGAUUGUUUUCUCCAUUUGAAAAGCUUCCCUUUUGCAAGUGAAUGCGGUAUGCUACAUGUCUCACAGAAAAUGAUAGAUAUUUGGAAAAGUCAUUGUUCUAAAACCAUGAAUGUUCCGAUUCUGUAUUUUGGUAAAGUUCCUUUGAAUUUAUUUGUCGACUGGAAGAAGGUAAUUUGGAAGACUAAGCAAGAAUUCAGAGCCCAAUACUCCUUUCCGAAAACACCACUUGCAGCCAACAAGGUGAUUGAUGAUGAUGAUAAUACUCAUAGCCCCGAAUUUGUUAUGGAAAUCAUGGAUGUUUUUGUGGAGAACCUCAAUGUUAUAGUGAAGAUCAAUGAUCCACGUUCGUGGUUUUUUGUUCCAGGACACAUGAAGGAACAAAUAGAACAAGUGUUGAAGGAGUUGAAGUUAUUGAGAUUUUUUGUCUGCUUUGUUUCAAACAAAUGUAGCAUACAGCCUCAAUACCGAUGUACUACUUUUUAUACUCAUGCUUUAAUUGAGGCUAGCCACAUCGCAAUGGUUGUGUGGUUGCAUUUGCCAAUCUAUGGCAACGGAAAUCAAGACUUGGCUCCAAGUGAAGUCAGUCGUUUGCUCUCUGAUUUCAUGGAAAUGAAGAUGAAGUCCGUUCAGCCAGUCAUCAGUCACAACAAUAUUUAUAUUGAUGUCCUGCAAGCUUUGAAGUCAACCAUACCACAGGCACAAAAGAAGCAUGCAGCUGAGAGUAGCACUGUGGAGAUUCCAACACACAGUCUGACGGUUGGUUUGAGCGAUCAAAUGGCUAACCUUCAGGAGAUGCUCUGCCUUCUAAGAGACAAUCUCAUUCAUCUGCCAAUACUAGAUCUGGAAUUUCAUCUUCAAGAUAUGGAUUCUGUUAUUAUUGAUGCUGGACUUCUUAUUUACUCAUCAUAUGAUAUCAAGAGGGAGAAGGAAGACACAGUAUUGGAUGAUAUGAACCGAGCACUUGGUUUGGAUCUUCGGAGAAACAUUGAGCCUAUCAAGGUGAUGGUCUACCUUGUCAUGCAAAAGGCAAUUCAAUGUAACUUGCCAAAGGUUCAUGGACUAGGCUAUGUCGAUUUUCUAUUGAAAAACCUGAAGGAUAUUCAAGGCCGUUAUUCGGAUUCACUUGCUUUCCUCAAGAAUCAACUCCAAGUUAUUCAAACGGAAUUUGAGAGCUUGCAACCUUUCCUGAAGGUUGUCGUAGAAGAGCCACAAAAUAAGCUCAAGACACUGAAAGAAGAUUGUGCUACACAGAUAAUUAGGAAAGCAUAUGAGGUGGAAUAUGUAGUUGAUGCUUGUAUUAACAAAGUAGCUCCUCAUUGGUGCCUAGAGCGUUGGCUCCUGGAUAUCAUAGAGGAGGUUACUUGUAUCAAAACAACGAUUCAGGAAAAGAACACGGUUGAGGAUACAAUGAAGACUGUCAUUACUCAUACAUCAUCACAAUUGGCAAGGACACCAAAGAUGAAUGAAGAAAUUGUGGGGUUUAAGGAUGUCACAGAAAAUUUAAGAAAUCGACUACUGAAUGGAACCAAAGGGCAAGAUGUCAUUUCAAUUCACGGCAUGCCAGGUCUAGGUAAGACGACUUUGGCCAACAGACUCUAUUCUGACAGGUCAGUUGUCUCUCACUUUGAUAUUUGUGCACAAUGUUGUGUGUCUCAAGUAUAUUCAUAUAAGGAUUUGUUAUUGGCCUUGCUAUGUGAUGCUGUCGGUGAGGAUUCUGCGCGUACAGAACUUUGUGCCAAUGAAUUAGCUGAUAUGCUUCGCAAAACUUUAUUGCCCCGAAAGUACCUUAUCCUUGUUGAUGAUGUGUGGGAAAAUAGUGUUUGGGAUGAUUUAAGAGGUUGUUUUCCAGAUGCCAAUAACAGAAGCAGAAUCAUUCUAACAACAAGACAUCAUGAAGUUGCCAAAUAUGCUAGUGUUCAUAGUGAUCCCCUUCAUCUUCGUAUGUUUGACGAAGAUGAAAGUUGGAAGUUGCUUGAAAAGAAAGUGUUUGGUGAAGAAAGCUGUUCCCCUCUCCUAAAAAAAGUUGGGCUUAGAAUAGCAAAAAUGUGUGGACAACUCCCUCUUUCAAUUGUUUUGGUUGCUGGUAUUCUGUCGGAGAUGGAAAAGGAAGUAGAAUGUUGGGAACAAGUGGCCAACGAUUUGGGUACCCACAUUCGCAGUGACUCAAGGGAAAUUGUAGACCAAAGUUAUCAUAUUUUACCCUGUCAUGUUAAGUCUUGCUUCCUUUAUUUUGGAGCAUUUUUAGAGGAUAGAGUGAUUGACAUUUCAAGGUUAAUAAGGUUAUGGAUAUCAGAAUCAUUUAUAAAAAGUUGUGAAGGCAGGAGGUUGGAGGAUAUAGCAGAAGGUUACUUGGAGAAUCUUAUUGGAAGAAAUCUAGUAAUUGUUACUCAGAGGGCCAAUUCAGAUGGUAAGGUCAAAGCAUGUCGCCUUCAUGAUGUAUUACUUGUCUGCAAGGAAAGAGCAGCUAAGGAGAAUUUACUACUAUGGAUAAAACGGGAUCAGAGUACCAAAGCUGUUUACUCUCACAAGCAGCAUGCUCACUUAGACUUCACUAAAAUGGAUAAUCUUGUAGAAUGGAGUGCAUCUUCCUCACUUGUUGGCUCUGUACUUAUUAAGAGAUAUAACCCAUACUUUGCCCGUUGUCCCUUAUAUGCAGUUUCACACAUUUUAUUAAAUUUCAAGUUUCUAAAAGUAUUGGAUUUGAAGCACCAGGUUGUUAUUGAUUUUAUUCCAACAGAGCUUCCUUACUUGAGGUAUUUAACUGCAGACAUUGAUCAGAAUUCAAUUCCUUCGAGCAUAUCCAAUCUUUGGAACCUUGAAACUCUUAUAUUAAACCGUAGAUCAGUUGUGCAUAAGAUAUUACUACCUAGUACAGUUUGGGAUAUGGUUAAAUUGAGAUUUCUGUUUAUUCCUAACUUCAGCCCUGAAAAUAAAAAAGCAUUACUCAAGAACUCUCCAAAUCUUGAUGAUUUGGAAACCCUUUCCUAUCCAUAUUUUGCUCGUGUUAAGGAUGCAGAAUUGAUGCUGAGAAAAACACCUAAUCUUUGAAAACUGACAUGUAAAGUCAAGUGCUUAGAAUACCUCCAUCAGUACCAUGCGUUGAAUUUUCCAAUUCGGCUUGAAAUACUAAAGCUUUAUCGAUCAAAUGCCUUUAAAACCAUCCCCUUUUGCAUCUCUGCACCAAAUCUCAAAUACCUGAAACUCUCUGGCUUUUACCUGGAUUUUCAGUACUUAUCAGAAACUGCUGAUCAUUUGAAGAACCUUNGCUACUUUCAAUCAAUCAAGUAUUUCAAGCUAUAUUUGAAAAUUAAUGAUAUGAUUUUAAUGGAGUGCAUCUUGAAACUAGAAUGUUUGUCCUUGAUGAAAUGGAUUGUAGCUGAUGAUGCCUUUCCUAACCUUGAACAAUUAGUUUUGCGUGGAUGUCAAGAUCUUAUGGAGAUCCCUUCUUGUUUCAUGGACAUCCUUUCUCUGCAGUACAUCGAGGUAGAAGACUGCAAUGAGUCGGUUGUCAAGUCAGCCAUGAAUAUACAAGAAACACAAGUCGAAGAUAAUCAAAAUACUAAUUUCAAGCUCAUUCUCAUCGAGAAAUAAUGGCCUAAAUUGUAUGAACUGUUUUCUCUGUUAUCUUUACCUGAUGGCCUCGUUUUACAUUUGGAUUUUUCUCUUGGGAUAGAAUCAAUUUCAACUGAUAUGAAAGAGAAGAAACUUACUGUGACCAGAGAUGUGGAUGCUGAUGAAGUUCAAUUAGUUGUGGAGAAACUGAGAAAGCGUGGCAUGCUCUAACAAAAUGCUGAGCUCUGGUGAACUCAACCAUGAUGGAUUUCCAAAUAAUGACAGGAUUGUAGUCCCAACUUGUCAACACAAAUGUGCUAUACUCAUUUUGCUUACUGUAAUACCAUUUCUUGGCACACACAAACAUUAACUGUAGUAAAGUUUUGAUGGAUCAGUAAAUCUGAGUUCAACCCAUUGUAAUCCGUUCAAAUUCAACUCAAAAAAUGCCCAUUGAGUUAUUCUUUAACAGGGUAUCCAGAGUUUGUAGCUAGAGCAAUUUCGAAUAUCACAUGUCAUUUAUUUAUGAGUUAUUUCGAUUAAUAAAGAUUCUGUAAAACGUCCAACGGCUGUUGCAUUCAUUGUAAACUAAAUGCAUCUCACAAUGUAACUGUUGAACAAAUUUUUCAUUUAGGUCCUUGAGGUUUGUUGUAAGUCAUUAGAUUUUACGGAUCCUGAAGUGAAUGGU